AUGUAUCGUGAAAGCUGGUGCUUGACAUGGCUUCUGUUGGCACCAAACCUUAAGGCUCUUGAAAUUGAUAGUUUAAAUCAAGUAGAAGAUAUAAUCAGCAAAGAAAAAGCUGUGAAUAUUCUGACAGAGGAGGAGGCAGGUACUAUCAUUCCUUUUUGGAAACUAGAGUUUUUCCAAGUGUGUGGUUUGCCAAAGCUGAAGAGUAUCUACUGGAUUCCUCUCCCUUUCCCACGUUUGAGGGAAUUUAGCAUAUAUAACUGUCCAAAUCUGAGAAAGCUUCCAUUGGAUUCCAGAAGUGGCGGCAGCAUAGAUCUUGCCGUACAUAAUGGAGAACAAUACUAUAGAGAUGAGGUUGAGUGGGAGGACGAAGCUACUAAAGAGCGUUUCCUACGUUGCAUCAAUCCUAAUUCCCUCUAUAGAGCCACAACAAGUUUCCAAAAUUAA